AUGGAGGACGACAGGCGGCAGGAGGAGCCCAACGAGCGCUACCGGUGCGGCUGGGAGGGCUGCCAGCAGCAGCUGGCCUCGCAGCAGCAGCUGGUGGUGCACGUGACGUCACAGCACGUGCAGCUGGCCAGCAGCACGUACCGGUGUCUGUGGCGCGGCUGCUCCCGCCGCCGGCAGGGCUUCAACGCCAGGUACAAAAUGUUUGUGCACAUCCGGACACACACCAAAGAGCGUCCUCACGUGUGCCCGGACUGCGGGAAGGGCUUCAGCAGACAGGAGAAUCUCAAGAUCCACAAACGAUCGCACACAGGGGAGAAGCCCUACGCCUGCACAUUUGAGGGCUGUGACCGCGCCUACUCCAACUCGUCGGACCGAUUCAAACACACGCGUACCCACUAUGUGGACCGGCCGUACAGCUGCCGCCAUCCUGGCUGCUCCAAGAGCUACACGGACCCGAGCUCACUGCGGAAACACAUGAAGGCCAACGGACACGGCCGGCCCAGCUCGCCUGCUGCUACACUGCCGCCUGGAGGCCAGUCGGAGAAGCUUAGUCGCGUACCCCGGCCGCUGGCGGCGCUGAAGUCGGAGACGGCCGCUGCAGCGGACGUCCCCAUGGCUGUGGCGCCGAGGCUGCCAGGCGUGUCUCCAGGGUCUGUGUCAGCGGUGUCAGCAGUGUCAGGGGUGUCAGCCGUGUCAGGGGUGUCAGCCGUGUCAGAGGUGUCAGGGAUGGUCCCGCCCGCCCCGGUUCGGACAGAGUGCGGCAGCUGCGCGUGCGGCCGGGGAGCGGCGCCGGCCGGCUGGGACGGGUGGCUCUGGUACCCCUGGAUGCAGCAGAUGGGUCAGCUGUGGGCCGGCUGUCCGACCACAGUGUUUGACGGCUCUGGCACGGCGGGGGGUGAAGCGGGGGUCAGCUCUGUCCCCCUGGCCAGUCAGCAGACCACCAGUCCCGCUCCACUCGAUCUCAGGGUUCCACCAAGCUGAGCGAAGGGCAGUGGGGCGACUGACAGCAAAUGGAAUAUACCUACCAAAUAGGGAUGCGAGGAGCGCCAGUUGUAUGAUUCGUUUUUGUGUUGUUGCUGUUCAGACUUGUAGAUUGUUUGUCUCAUUCCACCAUUCGCCCUUUGCCUUUUAGGGGCGUGGAACUGGUUAAUUUUGUUUUUAAUGUUGGGAAGCCCGGUGGUUUCCGAACGCAUGAUCGGAGAUUGAGUGAUAGUCCUCGACAACUUUGUAUUUUAGAGUCUUUUAUAAUGAGUUCGCAAUAAAAUGUUACUGUUAA